AAAAAAAUACUAAAAAAAAAAAAAGAAACCUAAGAGCCUGACAAUUUCAUCUGGUUACAGCAUAAGCAAGAGUCAUUGGUUGAGUAAGAUGAGCAACAUCAAGCAUUCCUCAGCUUUCUAGUUGAAGAAUUUUUUUUUUUUUUUUGAGGCAGAGUCUCACUAUGUCCCCUCGGUAGAGUGCUGUGAUAUUGCAGCUCACAGCAACUUCAAACUCUUGGGCUUAAGGGAUUCUCUUGCUUUCGCUUCCCUAGUAGCUGGGACUACAGGCACCGGCCACAACGCCAGGCUAUUAUUUUGUAGUUGUCGUUGUUUAGCAGGCCAUAUAUACCCACCAGCUCUGGUGUAUAUGGCCAACUGCUUAGCCAUCUGGAGAUUAUUUUCACAGAAGAGCCCAACAGGGUCCUCACAUUUUAGGCCUGGAUGAUCAGAGCUGGCAGGGUCUUGGAUAGAAAUAGCUGUUAUGUCAAAUGUUCUCACACUGAAGACUACUUCAUUUUAGUUAAUGGCACUUUUUCAAGUUCUCCAUUGUUAUAGUGAUGACAAAUAGUUUCCUCUAUUUUAUAGACUGACCACAAAUCUUAGAGAUUAUUUUACAAGAAAAUGGAUUUUACUCACCAGCUAGGGGGGCAGUUUGUCCUUAACCAUCGUCUGUACCAGGAGAAACUGGUGGGUCUUAAGGGGAGUUGGUUUUUGUUUUGUGUUUUUUAGAAAAAAUGCUAAGGAUGGCUUGUGCUUGUGGAGGAGUUAGGGGAUGAAUUUAUUGAAUUCCCUAGCUCAGGAAAUACUUUGAGUAUUCUCUGUGAGGUGUCGGCUACUUUGGCGCCCCCACUGUUGUAUGUUGAAAUGUGGACCACAGGAAAUAGUACAGAUCCUGGAAUCAGUGUUUGUUUCUAGAAGGAACACAGCGUGUUGUCCUGUGGCAAUGACAUCGUUCGUGCCAACCUGAGUUUCUUAUCCAUAAAAAGGGGACUGCCGGACAGAUGAGUAAGAAAAUCUGGGCACAGGGAUUGGAUUCCCUGGGUACGUAUUGGGUUGCUCAAGCGAUUCUGCGUUCAAGGGGCGGGUCUCGAAGUAGGUCCCAUGUGCUGCCACCCGGGCUUCUGUCUGCCGGCCAAGCGCGCUUGACACGCCGGAUGUGACGUCACUGUCCCGUGUUCCUGGGACCAGGAGGUGGGACCGAAAAUCAACUUUAGGAAGGGACGCUAGGUGACCGGAAGUGGGUGUUAGGCUACACGGCCAGGCCCUGCUGCCAGAGAGCCGGUCGGGAGCGCCAGAAAGGCGGGACGCAGGGCGGGGCCGCUUCAGGGGUGGCGCCUAGGGACGAACGGGGGGCGGGGACCCCUGGUCCCCUCCCGAUCCCGCCCGCUUCGGCGCCCGCGGCGUCGCGGCCAUGAAGCUGAAGCUGAAGAAUGUGUUUCUCGCCUACUUCCUGGUGUCUAUCGCCGGCCUCCUCUACGCGCUGGUGCAGCUCGGCCAGCCAUGUGACUGCCUCCCUCCCCUUCGGGCAGCAGCGGAGCAGCUUCGGCAGAAGGAUCUGAGGAUUUCCCAGCUGCAAGCUGAUCUGCGACGCCCACCCCCUGCCCCUGCCCAGCCCCCUGAACCGGAGGCAUUGCCUACUAUCUAUGUUGUUACCCCCACCUAUGCCAGGCUGGUACAGAAGGCAGAGCUGGUGCGGCUGUCCCAGACAUUGAGCCUGGUUCCCAGGCUGCAUUGGCUGCUGGUGGAGGAUGCUGAGGGUCCCACCCCACUUGUCUCAGGGCUGCUGGCUGCUUCUGGCCUCCUCUUCACACACCUGGUGGUCCUCACACCCAAGGCCCAGCGGCUUCGGGAGGGAGAGCCAGGCUGGGUUCGGCCCCGUGGUGUAGAGCAGCGGAACAAAGCCCUGGAGUGGCUCCGGGGCAGAGGGGUUGCUGUUGGUGGGGAGAAGGACCCUCCACCACCUGGGACCCAAGGAGUCGUGUACUUUGCUGAUGAUGACAACACCUACAGCCAGGAGCUCUUUGAGGAGAUGCGCUGGACCCGUGGCGUCUCAGUGUGGCCCGUGGGGCUGGUGGGCGGCCUGCGAUUUGAAGGCCCUCAGGUACAGGAUGGCCGGGUUAUUGGCUUCCACACAGCUUGGGAGCCCAGUAGGCCUUUCCCCAUGGAUAUGGCAGGAUUUGCUGUCGCCCUGCCCUUGCUGUUGGCUAAGCCCAAAGCCCAGUUUGAUGCUGCUGCUCCCCGGGGCUACCUGGAGAGCAGUCUCCUGAGCCAUCUUGUGGAUCCCAAGGACCUGGAGCCACGGGCUGCCAACUGCACUCGGGUCCUGGUGUGGCACACACGGACAGAGAAGCCCAAGAUGAAGCAGGAGGAGCAGCUGCAGCGGCAAGGCAGGGGCUCAGACCCAGCCAUUGAGGUGUGAUGGCGUCCCCACCCUGACUACCACCUCACUUCAGGCACAGACCUUGUGGGACUGGGCCCCAGGCCUGCCCAGGAUGUGGUUUUCCAAUCCUGACCCCUCAAAACCAGAGGUGCCCCCUCCACCUCUCCAGGCCCAGGGCUUGGCCUUGCUGCUUCUUCCCUCCCCUAGCCUGCCACGUGGCACUACCUAGAGACUGGGCACAAGUGGCCCUUGUAUUGAGUCAGGUUGGCUCUGUCUGGGGUGGUGCAGAAAGACAGAUGGACUCAAGAAGGAGGGCAGCAGAGGAACUCAGUAAUUUAUUGGGGCUUGGCAUGCACUGGGGGGCUGGAGGAGCUGGGCUAGACCCUCCCCACCUGAGCAUGCUGACCCCUCCCUCCUACCUCCAAAAUAAAGAAUCUCAACCUGGA